GACAUUUUGGCGCUAGCUCUCUGUCAGUGGGUUGAAUCGGCUUAUCUGCAUUUUGCGUAACAUAUCACUGGCUAUUGCUUGGCAACCUACAACUUGAUCUGCUCCGCUCAGAAUGGCUCUCGCUGCUCAAAAAGCUCUGCUGGAUGAACUCAUGGGUAAGAAUCGAAAUGCUUGCAAUGGUGAGAGUUCUGGUGGUCCACAUUGGUCUGACGAUGAUGUAUGCAAGUUUUACUUGUGUGGCUUUUGUCCUCAUGAUUUGUUCGUCAAUACUAAAACGGACUUGGGUCAGUGUCCUAAAUCGCAUGAUGAGCGUAUGAGGGAAGCCUAUAAAAAGAGCUCCCGUUUCGGCAAGAUGGGGUACGAACAAGAUUUUGUUCACUAUCUUACCCAGCUUUUGGAGGACGUUGAAAAAAGAAUUCGACGGGGACAUGAACGUUUGGCAGUCAAUAAAUGUGUCAACAACCCAGAUCCAAUCGGAGCGAGUGAAAAAAAGGAAAAAAUUGCUGCACUCACGAAGAGAAUUAAUGACUUAGUAAAACAAGCUGAAGAGCUGGGAACUGAAGGGAAAGUUGAUCAGGCCCAAGGAGUUCUCAAAUUAUGUGAACAGCUGAAAUUUGAACGGUCGCAACUUGAAGGUGAUGCUCGUCCGGGCAUGACUCAGACUAAAGAACUUGAAGUUUGCGAGAUUUGUGGAGCCUUCAGGAUCAAAGAUGAUGCACCACAACGAGUUGAAGAACAUUUGUCUGGCAAAAUGCAUCUUGGUUAUGCAAAAAUUCGUGAUUACUUACGACAAUACAGCGAACAACAUUCAAACUCCUCUACUCGCUAUGGACGGCGAGACAGACGAUCUCCACCUGAUCGCUCUCCUAUUACUCGGGAUCGUGAUCGACGUCGUAGCCGCGGUAGGAGCCUAGAUCGAAAGUACGUUCUUUUUUCUAAACAUAAACUGUGGUUAAUAGUAUCACAGUUCCCUGAUGAACUGAUAUGAUUCGAUUGGGAUAAUUUAAAAGGUACUCAUUGCAGAUUUUAAUUCCGCUUAUUAGGUAAUUUUGGAGUCAUCGUCUAUUACGGGGGCAAUCGAUUCCACAAGGUAUAUUUACUUUUAAAGCCCUAAGUAGUUUAUUUAACGUAGAUUGUAAAGUUCGAUUAAGAUACACACAGUGGAUUUUGACCAUUCAUUAAUUUCAUUGUUUAUUUUUGGAUCUGUCCUUCUAAAAUUGUUUUGUUUUGCUUGUUUUCUAGUUCUCAUGUACAGUUCACUUCGCCUCGACGUGGCCGCCAUGAAAGCGGAAGCAGUAAUCGGUUCCGGUCCCGACAUGAUUUUCGUGAUGAAAGGAGACGAUAUGGCAGGUCGCGAUCACGAUCGCGGUCACGCAAAGCUCAUGAUCGUCACCGACAUGAACAUGCUUCAUCUUCAAAGUCUGCCAAGCGCAACACUUCACCUUUCAGUGCUGCUCGACGUCCUCCUGAAGGAGCUGAGGACUACUAAUUUUCCAGUCCUAUCUACUUACUAGAACAUUGUAUAUAUAUUCCAGAUACCAUUUUUCUUUUAUCAACCUCUUCUACAUGUCAGACUAAAAGGCACUCACUUCGCAGUUGGUUUGUAUUUGAAAAACUUUGCACAUGUCCAAUUAGCGUUGAUUUCGUCUAAUUAUACAAAUUUAUGUU